AUGGCUUCAUUGGAGGAAGAAGAGGACCGUGACAUGGGAGGUAUGGCAAUUGUUUGUUCCAAUGGCCCACUGGCCGACCUCAUCGAUCCCAACGUUGCUAAUCAUCCCCGCCAUUCCCUAGGCUCCCAGGACGGAAGCUCCGAUAACGAGAACGACAAUGACAUGGACGACACAAUGCGCGACGUCGAUGAUGGCGAGGGGGACAAUGAAAAUGAAAAUGAAAAUGAAAAUGAAAAUGAAAACGAAAAUGAUCAGGACGGGGAUGGCGAUCAAGAUCCGGAUAGCCCUUCGAAUGCGAGUCAGGCGUCGGACGGCCCUGGCAUGCAACAGAACACGAAUAGCAAUGCCGACAACAUCGUGUUUGAACCGUUCUCCAUUUACCACCCAAGUGUGCGCCCCGAAUGCCUCACAGCCCGGACCUACGAUGUAGUCCCAACCACCGCCGCGCCACAUGCCACCUCGAUCAAUGCCAUCACAGCGACAGCGGAUAUGCGUUGGGUUUUCACCGGUGGAUCGGAUGGUUUCGUGCGAAAGUUCAACUGGGCGGAUUCAAUAAACAGCAAGCUCAUGUUGACCGUGGCGCAAAGACAUCCCUUCGUGGAUAGUGUGGUCAAAGCUGGAGUUCUGAUGACAUACUGGGAGAAUAUGGAUGGUAGUCACCUGUCCCCGGUGUACUCUUUGGCCAGUCAUAGCGAAGGAUUGUGGCUACUUUCUGGGUUAGAAUCUGGGGCGAUUCGUCUGCAAACUCUCCGCCACGAAGAGGGCAAGGAAAUUGCCCUUCUGCGACAACAUACCUCGGCAGUGUCCACCUUGAACCUCACAUCAGACGAGGAAUCAUUGCUCUCUGGGGGCUGGGAUAAGCGGGUCUUUGACUGGGACUUGAAUACCGGUCAAGCUAGACGAGCUUUCGGUGGCAGCGGUGGACAAAUAUCUGCUGUGCAGAUUCGGCCCGAGUCCAGUCUUCCGGUCCCCAAGGACACAAUCGAACCACAGCAGACCAAUGGCACAUAUGCAUCAAACUAUGCGGCCCCCGGCACAGACAGCUUCAACUUCAUGGAUACAUCCCACGACAAUGGAGAUACUGGCCCAGCCGAGAACCCGCAGGCGGGCUCUCCGGCAGACUCACUCUUUGGCGGAGCGGAUUCAUUAUUCGGCGACGCGGAUGGUGGAGUGGCUGAUGGCAAUGAGCCAUCUGGUGGGGUAUUUGGGGUAGACGAGGACGACGAGUUUGGCCGUGCUGUAGCCAAUGGUGCUAUGGCAGAUGCCGACGCACCCGGAGAAGUUGAUGAUGAAAUGCCUACUCAACCAGACGUCGAGCACGCACAAAGCACACAAAAUUCGUUGUCGAAGCAAACAAAUACUCAUACAGACGAAAUGCCCCAGCAAAUGGAAAUGAGCGAUGCGGAUAUCCCGAACGGUCCAGUGCAGCCGGCUGUCAAUGGACUCCCUAAAGCAGAAGAUCUCGAGACACCUCCACCAGCCCCAGACUUCUCACAAAAUCCGCAACAAGAGCAAGGUGUGACGAGCGAUAAUACGUUCUUGGCUGCCUCAAUGGAUGGGACAAUCCGAGUUUGGGACCGGCGACAGCUUGAUCCCGUCGCUCGCAUCGCCCCCUAUAAUUCUCCUCCAUGGUGUAUGAAUGCUUGCUGGUCACCCGAUGGAAAUUUCAUAUACGCCGGACGCCGAAAUGGUACUGUCGAAGAAUACAGUCUACACAAGGGUUUGAGAAAUGCCGAACGAACAUUCAAAUUCCCACAGGGCAGUGGGCCAGUGACAGCACUCAAAGCCAUGCCGAAUGGGCGUCAUCUUGUCUGUGCCUCCCAUGAUAUCCUCCGUCUUUAUGAUCUGCAAAAUGACCAAGGCGGCCAGACUUCUCGCCAUCCGCCAGUUCCCUUCCUGAUCAUUCCUGGCCACCGAACCGGAACUAUCUCUCAGCUGUACAUCGACAAUGCAUGCCGUUAUAUGAUCUCCACCAGCGGGAACCGGGGCUGGGAAGGAAAUACCACUGAAGUCCUCCUUGGUUACGAGAUCGGUGUGCCGCAGUAG